GUCGCGCAGAUGUUCGCAGCACGUAUUGCUUUAGGUUUCCUUCCAACAUCAUUUGCACGAACAAGAGAUCGUUUUGUUUCGAAUUCUAUUCGUUAUUCAUCUACCUUCAAGUAUUCCGAUCUGAUUACUAAUACUACUACAAACAGAAAGCCAAUUCCCGAAAAUCCACCAAAGUUUGGAUCCAGUUUCACAGAUCACAUGCUGUUUAUUAACUGGAAUAAGGAUUCAGGCUGGUCCCCUCCUGAAAUAUGUGAAUGUAAAGAGUUUCCUAUUCACCCUGGUUCCAAGGUUCUGCACUAUUCCAUUGAAGCUUUUGAAGGUAUGAAGGCUAUGCUCUCAAAAGAUGGAAAGCUGAAAAUGUUUCGUCCUGACAAGCACUGUAAUCGUCUGCUCGACUCCACUAAGGCUCUAUGUCUUCCAGAAUUCGAUCCUGGGGAGUUACUCAAGUGCAUGAAAGCACUGUUAAGGAUAGAUCAGUCAUGGGCUCCAAAAGGCAUAGGGACUGCACUUUAUAUGCGACCAUUAAUAAUUGGGACUGAGCCAUCAAUCCAACUGGAUAUAAGCUCAGAAGCCAAGCUGAUAGUAAUGCUUUCUCCCGUUGGUGAAUAUUAUGCUGGGGAAAAGAAGGGAAUUUCAUUGUAUGCUGAUCCUGAAUUUGUUCGUUCUUGGCCUGGUGGGUAUGGAGCUUAUAAAGUUGGUUCAAAUUAUGGACCAACGCUUAGAGUUCAGAAUAUAGCCAAGGAAAAAGGAUGUGAAAACAAUCUCUGGCUUUGUGGUGCAGAAGAGAAUAUUGCAGAAGCUGGAACAAUGAAUAUUUUUAUUUACUGGACUGAUGAGGCUGGAAGAAAUAUUUUGUCUACACCGAGGUUAAGCGGGAUACUUUUACCAGGAGUCACACGCUUGAGUAUUUUGGAAUUAGCAAGAGCUUCAGAUAAACUUAGAGUUGAAGAAAGAAGAAUCACUAUAAAAGAAGUUAUCAGAGCAAUUGAAGAGAAACGAAUGCUUGGCAUGUUUGGAACAGGAACAGCCUGUUUUAUUAUGCCUAUAAAUAGUAUCCUUUACAGGGAUAAGCAUUAUGAGAUACCAAAUAAUGCAUGUGAAAGAGGACUAGUUAACUGGCUUAGAAGAAAAAUGACAGAUAUACAUGUGAGUUGUAUGAAUUAUUAA